CGGAUUGUCGUCGGUAUAUUACCGGGUAUUAUCCGGCAUACCGUUAUGCCAAAUAACACCAUCGGUAUCCGAUAUGAUAUCCAGUAAUACCGAAUACCGGUUUACCGAUUACCACCCCUAGCAGCCAUGAAAACCGCUCCUUCGAAGAGCGUUUUUCCCAAAAAAACACAAACCGUUUGUCUGUCAGGCAGUUCCAUGGUAAACCGCCGCCUGGGUGGGCGGUUUCUGUUUUAACCGCCCCUGAGUGGAGCGGUUUUUAAUAAAUAGUGGUAGAUUUGGAAUUUUUUCGGAAUGGGUGGUAUUUUUAUAAUUUUUUUAAAAUAGUGGUAGUUUUGGUUUUCCCCCUAUUACUCCCGUCUUAACUACCCAUAACAACGUUGUUGUUGCUGCUGCUACUGUCCCUAUCUCGUGGUCUCGAUUGCAGACGUCAUCAAUAGCGGCAGCAGUGGAGCCAGGCUAGGCAACCCUAUCUUCCCAAUCCUCGCUGCCCAUCGUCCCUAUCUAAUGAUUGUUAUCAACGCCGAUCAACCCCCUGCCCGAUUGGGGCUUAAGCGAGUGGUGGAGGUCAUGGGAGCGAAGCAGCGACAACAUCUGGUUCAUCAUCAUGUUUUGUGCAGAUGAUGGUGCCGUCGCCGACAAACCCAAUUGGAAAUUCUCGAUGACGGAGGAAUUGUUUGGAAGAUCACCGUUACUGUUGGUAUUAUUAGUAUUGGAUGAAUGGGAGGGGAAUGGUGAUGGGUUAUGAAGCUUGUGGGCGGAGGGGUGGAGAGGAUAGAUGGAGUCGAACCCCCGGAGAGCAGAGGAGGAGCCGAAGAGGUUUGCGAUUGAUUUAGAGAUUCCCGAAUCUUGAAAAUUUGGGGUUUUGAAUUUAUUUUUUGUUUUAUUGUUAUUAUUAGAAAGGAAAAUGAAUACAAAAAUUUAAAAAUAAAAAUUUUUAUUUAGUGUUCACUUACGUGACAAGUGAACUGACAAUUGACUAACGGUCAAUGGAGUUGACCGUCCAAUUUGACGGUCAAAUCAGGCUCCAAGCCAAGUUAGAAAGUAUGGUACAUAGUUCGGGCCAAAAGAGCAAUUUUGGAAAUCAUGGGCCAAAAUAUAAAAUUUGUGUAUAAUUUGAGCCAAACUUAGGUACUAACCUUAAAUUUAACUAUUAAAUUAAAAAAUCUGAUAAAAAUAAUUAAAAAAUACACACAAUCCCCUAAAUCCUAAUAAUCCACUAACUUGCAAGAUAUUAAUCAGCUAACAAAAACUGGAAGAAAAUUAUUAAUUAACAAAUUCUGUUGAGAGUAGGUUUAUGUGUCUAAGCAAGCACUUUUAGUCAAUUCGGGUUGCGGGUCAGGUUGAUCGGGUUGGAUUCUAUUUUGACACCUAUAGUGGUUUGGCAAUUAAACCACUAACCAUACCGAAAAUGUGUGGCUAGUGGUUAACCGCAAACAAAAAAAGCUAUUUUGUGGUCGCGGUUAGCAAUAUUGCAUGUUUUGCGGUUUCCAGGUUAACCGCAACCGAACAAUAGGUAACCAUAAUUAACCGAUUACUAACGCGGUUACCUGCUGUUAGCCAUGACAUAGUGGCACAACCACAUACCAAAAUGUCCACAAACCAUCAGAACGGUUAGUAACAUGGUUAACCGCGGGUAACCGCUUACGGUGCUGUUGCAAUUGGUAUAUAUCAAUAUAUGACUCUGUUUUGAUUGCAAUUAACCGCAAAUUUUGAUGAAAUCAACCGCAACCACACCGAUUCGCAGCCCUACCCGGUUAAGUCUCAUCAACAACCAUAAUUGACUCAACAUUGAUCUGACCGUCCGAUUUUCCCAGUACCAGUACCGGGACGGUUCUCGGUUGUGUUGUGUAAGUCCUACUCCUACUCGGCCUUUAAAAACUCAUAUUAUUAAUUAAUUAUUAAUCAACCAAGGGGCGAGAUCUCGUCUCCAAUCAUCGAUCGUCCUACUCCUUCCUUUGGAAAUUUCUCAGCCAAGCCCAAGAUAUCGUGAAAAGAAAAGACUACCCGAUUCUUUCUGGAGGGUAAGUAGCUCUGUACACGAUUGUCUCCGUAGAGCUUUUCAAGCCUUUCGCGCGCAGUGGCGGUAGAGGUAUGUUUGUCUAGUUUCUUGAUGGACUGCAAAUCGGGGGUUUUGAGGAUAUAUUUGUUUGUGGUUUAAAUCUGUCGCUCUGCGUAUUUUGCCCGGGAUCUAAAGGGCCUGGGGCUGCCAAUUGCCAUUGUUCUUAAUCGGUUUCCCAGCAAUUGUCGGUGCCCUUGCGGGGGUUUGCUAAAUGGGCGAGUAGGUUUGUUAAAUCUCAAAAUGCAACUAGACUAGAAUGUGGUUCUUGAUUCUGCACUAAAAAAGGGAAUGUGCGAUUUUCGCUUUAUCUGCUGUCACAAUCAUGUUAGUGGAAAGUAGCUUUCGAAGAAUGUGGUUUGACUCUUACUGGGAACGAUUUCAAACAUUUGCGCAAUUCCCAUUUACUUUGGCCUGUUUUGAUAGCACUGAGAAUCUGAGAUUGCCACGGUACUUAUGAACUUUGGGCAUUUGGGAUCUCUCUCUCUCUGCUUUGCUCUGUUCAUUAUGUAACUUACUCUUUGUUUAGAAAGUGAUGGCAAGAUUCUGUUUCUUUUAGUGUUGCUAAUUAAAAAAGCUGGCUGCUUUUACAUGUUGCCAUUCUCAGGACUUGAUUUUGAUAUUAGCAACUUUUCGAAUGCAGAUAAUGAAAGGAUAGCUUUUUUUUUUUUUUAUGGUAGCCUGGCUGAUUGGAUCCUUCUUUGCCCUUAUCAUAUAUUAUGUUAUUCUAUUAUGUCAAGUAGCUGGGGGGCAUGAUUUUUUAAUGUCGCGGUGGUUAAUUGCAGGCUUCUUAUUUUGAUAUUUACCAUCUUCUCGAGGCAGAUAAAAGAUCAGUUGAAGAUUCCCCACUUGUUUCCUCUCCUUCAGACGCACCAUGCUUAAGGUUCCAGAGCAUCAGGUUGCUGGCCAUCAAGCCCUCGACGGGCACCUGGGUCCCCUCAUAGAUGAUUCAGGGCGCUUCUACAAACCUCUGCAGAGUGAUGAACGUGGCUCCAAGGAAAUGUCAUUCUACACGUCAUUUUCUUCCAACACAAGGAUUCCAGAACACAUCAGGAGGUUCUUCCCGGUCUUCCAUGGCACUCAACUUGUAGAGGCAUCUGAUGGAUCUGGCAGGAAACCCCACCUUGUCUUAGAAGAUAUCACUUCAGGUCACUCCAAACCCUGCGUCAUGGAUAUUAAGAUCGGUUCAAGAACAUGGUACCCACAGGCUUCUGAGGACUACAUUCAAAGGUGCUUUAAGAAAGAUAGGGAAACCAGCAGUUUGUCUCUGGGGUUUAGGGUAUCCGGGUUGCAGGUAUAUGGUAACAAAGAAUCUGAAGUUUGGAAGCCUGAGAGGAAAGUUGUUAAGAGGGUAACUGGUGAUAAAGUUAGUGUUUAUGGCGGUUCUACUGGUAUCUUGGCCCAGUUGCUGGAGCUGAAGGCAUGGUUUGAGGAUCAGACCACCUAUCAUUUCAAUUCUUGCUCGGUUCUCAUGCUGUACGAGAAGAAGUUACUUGGGCCAAAGGAAGGAGGGAGUACUGCUGCUGAAGUCAAGCUCGUCGACUUUGCUCAUGUCACUGAAGGCAACGGUGUUAUUGAUCACAACUUCUUAGGAGGGCUGUGCUCGUUGAUAAAGUUUAUCUCUGAGAUCCUUACCAACCCAGAUGAACACUCUCCCAGAACUUGCUUGCAGGACUCGGAUAAGAAUGAUUUUCCCACCGAAAAUGGUGCUGCAGAAUCAAAUUAGCACUUUUAGUGGGUAUGGUUUACGUCCUAAGCGUAUCAUGUUUUUAGCUUGGCUUUGGUUUCUUACUUGUGACCUUGAUGUGUUGAUGAACUUCCAUUAAAGCAAGAGGAGUGUAGAUGAUUAGUCAAACUGUUGUCAUUUGAACAGAACUCAUUUACUUCUGACUCAUAUUUUGCCUAUGUCAAGUUACCAGUUGGAAUUUUGCUGCUGAUUUACACAGCCAAUGGAGGAAAUACUCGUGUUACCGCAGUUUUGGGAUGAAAGUAAAGGCAAGGAUUGAGUACAAUUCCAACAAAGUACAAAGGUGACCCAGGAAAUGGACAUCAUGGCUUUAAAAUAUAUUCCACAGGGUUUAUCUUAAUCACCUUUUACAAAUGAAGUGAACAGAGCAUUGAAAAGUCUUCUACAAUGUUGCUACUUCAAGUUAUGAGUCGCAUUCAAUGAAACCUAGUUGCUAUUUUGCUUCCCUCAUAUGGCAAGUAAAAGCUAGGGAUUCUGGCAAAUUUUCAAGCUCCUGACAGCGACUGGUAGAUCAAAGAGCAGUAUCAGUGGGGAAUAACAAUCUUUGAACAUCAGGAAUCUAAGUCUAUUAAAAACCUGGCUUUAUC